CUUGUUAUUCAGUUUUUUCCGUGUAAUUCGUUGCAUUCAAGAGCAGGCAGAAAGAAAGAAAGAAAAAAGAAAGAGGACGUUCAAUUCCUCACUAACACGUAUUCUCUCUUCUUCCUUCCCAUUUCUUCAAAUGAAAAUUAUUCAUUCCCUAGAUUCCUUCAUUUCGUAAUCCUAGAUUUCUGAUUUUAGACAUUCCUUCCCUUUCUCAUUCAAAGAUUUCAAGCUUCCCUUUCUCAUUCAAAGAUUUCAAGUAUUGCAUGAACGACCACACCAAAUUCAUUCCAUUGGUAUUUAUUCCAUCUUGCAAUCAAUCAACUUGAUUGAUAGCUGGGUUUGGUCGUUGUUUAUCUGGGUCAAAUUCCGCAGUAGGUAUUCUUUUCUGUAGAAUUUGAUUGCUUGAAAUCUCACUGCUUUCCUAGAAGGAUUAGGUGAGUUUUUCUUUUUAUCCUUGAUUUGAAUUUGAAUAUUGUAAUUUUUCGACUGAUUGAUGGUUUCGGAUCGGAAUUUGGUUCUUUAUGCUUGCAUUUCCAAAGGAAAUACCGUUCUUGCCGAGUUCAGUUCCGGCGAUCUUGAUUUACAAACCAAAGCAUUACGAUGUCUUGAAAAAGCACCUGAUUAUCACAUUACCUACAGUCACACCGUUAGAGAAAAGAUAUACAGCUUCUUGAUGGAAGAUCCAUUCGUAUAUUUUGCAAUUGUUAAUGAAGAAUUCGGUAAUUUACAGAGUUUUCAGUUCUUGGAUUGUGUUAAGCAAGCAUUCUCGAAAAUCUUGGAGAUGAAAGAUGUAAAGAGGUUUGAAAUUCUUACUUCUCAUUGUUUUCAUGAAGAAUUCAUCCCUAUUUUUCGUAGUUUAAUGGGAUAUGAGUGUAAAUCCAAUGAAUUUCAAUCUAGUAUUAUGUCAGCGGGAGAUUUAUGUAAUGAUAGUCACAAUUCAAGAUCAAAACAUAGUGAACAUCUUAGAAAGAAGAAAAUUUCGGGUGAAAUGGAUGACGAGAGAAGUGAAUUGCCGGUUGAAAACAAAGUGGAUUUAUCGUGUGAUGAUGAUGUUAAUUUAACACGUGAAUUCUCGACGUCUUUAUUGAAAUCUGGUUCAUAUAUGAGAAAUAAUGGAUAUUUACAUGCCAAGAAAAUGUGGAGAAGACAUGUUUGGACUGUGUUGUUAAUAGAUCUUAUGAUAUGUUGUGUAUUAUUCGGGGUAUGGUUAUGGAUUUGUAGAGGGUUUGAAUGUAUUGCUAGUUGAAUCGAUUACAUUUGAAGAUUUGUUCUGGAUGAAUCGAGGAUGUAUUAUUGAUUAGUUUUAUGACUGAAGAUUAGCAAGUAUGGUCCUAUAAAUCUCGUUAUCUUGUCUUGUAAAUUUCCUCAGUGUGAUGAGUUGUUGGAGACAAUUGGGCAGAUUAUUAACACCUGAACGUGAGAUGCUUGGUGUGGAUGGAAACUUUCUCACAUUCUCUUCAGCAUAAUUUGGAUGCAAGGAAAUGUUUUGAGAAACAAGAGAUGAAUUGGUAGAGUUGACUCCAAAGCAUUGUAUCUGAAGUUGCCGAUUGCUGACUUUUAAAUGUGCUAGAAGGGGAAUAUGAAUUUCACAUUGCGGCACCGAAACAAAUUUCCGUUGUUUGUACUUUGUUUAUUACCUUUUGAAAUAAGAUUGCUUUUGUACCAUUAUAUCUAUAUACAUCCUUUGUGGUGAGAACU